CCACACCCACGCGAUGACGUAGCGUUAGCGACCGUUACCAAGUCGCUGCUCGCGAGCUUCAUCCUCACCAACAUGGCGGCGGAGUGCAGCGGCUGGAGCGCAGCGGCGCGCCUCAGCUCAGCUUCACUAACUUAACUCCCAGCGCCGUGGGAACUGACGCAGCUUCGCAAAGAUUUAGUCCGUCGUUUGUGCCAUGAUCUUAUUGAAUACACAUAUGGACCUGUAGUUUGAUACUCGAGAGCAAAAUAAGCAUCUUUUUUUUUUUUCUUUUCUCUCUUUCCCGGUUAUCGUGACAACUUCCAAAAGUCACCUGCCUGGCUUUAGGAACAGCGCGUACCGAGUGUGUGCGCCAGCAGCGCCGCUGUGUUUACACUCCUGCUCGCAGCAAAACGCUCCAGACACGGACAAGCCACUACUUCUCCGCUCGAAAACUUUAUUUUUUUCUUCCUAAACAACAAUAAAACAAGCCAUGUGAUGGUGUUUUGAAGACAUGCGUCUAAAUAUGAGUGAGAAUAAUUAUCCGCUGGAAGACAGAGACAGGCUUCCUCCUAUCAUCAACCCAAGUUUGGAGCGUGGACCAAAGCUACCUUUCGCUUCUUACGGGAGUUUUAUCUCCACCCUGAACCACAAGAGAGAGUCGGGCAGUCACAGCCUGUCCACACAUCUCCUCUUACCUGCCGUCCGACAAGUGAGGGAACUUCCCCCAAUUUAUCCAGAUGUUAGACAAAAGCAUCGCAUCUCCAUUGAUGUUUUGCCUCCAGAAGUUAAAGCCCGCUUCGUCUCGGAUCCCAUCAUUCCCAUCCGAACUAAGACUACCAAAGAAUUUCAGGACGACAUUGAAAAGGCAACUAUCUCAGGUGAUUGGAAGCAUGUCAAUGAUUUCUACACGACCACAUUCAACUCCUUUCUGGAACUCAAUGCUGCUUUUAAGAGAGAAGCAAAUGCUCCAUUCAACACUAUUGAAGACUCAGGAAUAAACACCAAAUUUGUCAAUGCUGUUUAUGAUGCUUUGCUUCACACGCCCCCUGAUACGCAGAAAUCAGUCCUGAAGGGAAUCAUUAAUAGCUUAUUAAGAGAAUGGAAAGGGCCGAGGACGAAGGAUGACCUGAGGGCGUAUUUCAUACUCGUGCAGAACACUCAGUACACCAGCACAGCCACAUAUGUCAUCUAUGCUCACUUGCUGCGGCAAAUAGCCACGCUGCCUGAAGCAGAUCACCAUUUCCUGAUGCACUGGUUUAAGAAGCUAUCUCAGAAGCGCUUUAAGCAGCUGGUGGAACGCCUACAGCUCUUCAUCACCACACGGCUGUUCCCUGCCAAACCAGAGGAGUUACCACCCAUGUCCAAGUGCUCAUGGUGGAUCCCAUCAGCCACCAAGGUUCUCUCCUUGCUCAAUGCUGCAAACAGUAUUUCUCCUUCCCCAAUCAUCCCCUUCUCAGAUUUCUACAAUCUCACACUGGACCACAUUGACUUUAUGGAGGAUUACCAGACAUGGCAAGCUCAUGGAAAUUCCAACAGGUUCACGUUCUGCCAAUAUCCGUUUAUCCUGUCUACAGUAGUGAAGAAGGCUAUUAUCCAAAGAGACUCUGAGCAACAGAUGAUCAGCAUGGCCAGGCAAACCCUGGUGGACAAGGUCUCUCGCAGACAGAGGGUGGAUAUGAGUCUGCUUUUUCUCAACAUUAAAGUAAGGCGUCUGCAGCUGGUCAGUGACUCACUGGAUGAGCUUUCAAGAAAGAGAGCAGAUUUGAAGAAAAAGCUCAAAGUGACGUUUGUUGGGGAAGCAGGCUUGGACAUGGGAGGACUCACAAAGGAAUGGUUUCUUCUCCUUAUUCGACAGAUUUUUCACACUGACUAUGGCAUGUUCACAUAUGUGAAGGAAUCUCAGUGUCACUGGUUCAGCAACUGGAAGUGUGACAACUGCUCCGAGUACAGACUGGUUGGAGCUCUCAUGGGCCUUGCCGUGUAUAACAGCAUCACCCUGGACAUCCGAUUCCCACCCUGCGUCUACAAGAAGUUGCUGACUCCUCCCAUUGUGCCGUGUGACCUUGAUGCCCCUGUUGGCAUGGCAUCCCUCACUCUGGACGACCUGCAGCAAAUCAUGCCUGAUCUCGCUCAUGGCCUUGCAGAGCUCCUCAGCUACGAGGGGAACGUUGAGGAGGACUUCUAUACGACCUUCCAGGUUUUUCAAGAAGAACUCGGAGUAGUCAAGUCAUACAACCUGAAGCCAGGUGGGGACAAAAUCCCUGUGACCAACCAGAACAGAAAAGAGUAUGUCCAGCUGUACAUCGACUUCCUGCUGAAUAAGUUUAUCUAUAGACAGUUUGCUGCCUUUUACCAUGGCUUUCACAGUGUAUGUGCUUCUAAUGCCUUGAUGUUGUUGAGGCCAGAGGAGGUUGAGAUCCUGGUUUGUGGAAGUCCCAAUCUGGACAUGAGCUCCCUGCAGCGAGUGGCACAGUAUGAGGGCUACAGCAAGACCGACCCCACCAUCCGAGCAUUCUGGGACGUGGUUCUAGCGUUCCCUCUGGAGCUUCAGAAAAGGCUUCUCCACUUCACAACAGGAAGUGACCGUGUUCCUGUUGGAGGAAUGGCAGACCUCAACUUCAAGAUUUCUAAAAUUGAUGUUUCCACAGACUGGUUACCUGUUUCACACACAUGCUUCAACCAGAUCUGCCUGCCACCCUACAAGAGCAAGAAAGAAUUACGGCAAAAGCUAACCAUUGCCAUUUCCAAUGCUGAGGGCUUUGGAUUGGAGUAGUGUGAUGGUCUAAAGGAAAAGGCCCACCCAAGCCCACCCUUUACUUACUGGUUUUAAAUGGUUCGGCCCCAUUAGUAAAUGAUUCACACACUGUAGCUCUCCUGAAAGCUAGCUCUAAAGAUACACUCGCAUUAGGCCAUUUGAUAUGGCUGUGAUGUGUGACAUUGUGUUGUUUUGUGUGCGUGUGUGUGUGUGUGUGUUUGUGUUUGUAUGUAAAUGGUAAAAAGAGUCUCGAACCAGGAUUCGAUAAAGAAUCCAGUUAAAUGGUACUGUAUGCCUAGAAAUGUUCAGAUUUUUGCAUUGUGUUAUGUAUAUGAAGGACCAAACUUUCUGCUUUAAUAGAUUUAUAUAUAUAUAUAUAUAUAUAUAUAUAUAUAUAUAUAUAUAUAUAUAUAUAUAUAUAUAUAUAUAAGACAAAAUAUCGUCAUGUGAUAUAUUCACAAUAUAUCUCCUCUAAAUCAGCAGGAAAGCUACAGUAGUAGUGAAGAACUAUUUAAAUGAUAAUGACCAUAUCAGACUUUAAGGCAACUUUACGAGUUUGAUUCUGAUCGACUAGCAGGGAUCUUGUGUAAUAUCCUGCAGUUAUGCAGGGAGGAGGGCUGAAAAUAGGCCAGGGACAAGCCUGGGCCAUAAAAUAGCUUGGCUGUCACUGAGACUGCUCCUGGUCUGAGCAUUUAAAGUGGCAGUGCUGUGUCUCCCUGACUCUCUGGUAAAAUCCCAGGCGAUGGUAGAGUGUAAUUGAUUUAGCUCUUUCUUUCUUUUUUUUUUUUUUUUUUUUUUACCUCGAAAUUGUGUCCAGUGUCAGAUUGGUUUAGUUGUUAAAUAUUCCCUAAGUGAAUCUGAUCAUUGUUUUUCAUGUUCAGAGAUGGUUGUGUUCUGUAUAUAAUUCUGAAAGUGUUUGACGAUCCUUUCGUGUUUUCUGUGAAAGGAAAGGAAUGGUGUAAAUGUCAAAAGUGUCUUUUGUGGAAGUUAUUACUGGCUAUUCUUGAACAGAAAGCAGUCACAUCUGACCAUAGCAGGUACACGUAAACAGCAAGAUUAAUUUAUUGUGCAACUUUCAAGUAUUACAGCUGAGCACUAAUGAAUAGAUAUAAACCUUUCUUAGCUUUACUUUGUCAUAUGGAGCAUUAGAAUUUUCUCUUUUUCUUCCCUUUUGUCUUGUCUUUUUAUCUGUUCCACUCACUUGAUUACGACCUCACAUCCAGUUUUUGGCCUCAGUAGACAUUAAAGACAUUGUCUUGAUUGUCAGCUAGAAUCUCGCAGCUGUUCACUGUAUUGUUUAUUCUGUUGUAUGACUGAAUACAAAUGUAUUUUCCAUGUAUUUAUUUUAACUUUGCUCAUUUCUAAUGAUUAAAGUUAUACAGCGA